AUGGCCUUGCUGUUUGAUUUCUAUUUUGCACACGCCAAGACAGCGAACACUAUCCUUGCUGGCGUUGUCGCUUCUGUUUUCCUACUGGUUGCUUUGUACUUGAGGGGCACUCGCGAGCGUCCUGUCGAAAAUGAUCUGGUUCGAUCCCGAAGUUGUAAAAGUCCUGAGCAAUCAUUGACUGACUUCCCUAGGAAGAUAUAA